AAAAAAAAACAUCCAAAAAAGCAACUACUUUUUUUUUACUUCAAAAACACGUUGUGUAAAAACAAAAUAAACAAAACAUUAGUUACUAUUUUAAAAGUUGAUUCGUUUAAUUAUCCAUCAAUAAUCAAAUAAUUACUUGUUGCUGUUUAAAUAAUAACAAUAAUUAACUUUAAAGAAAAAAAGGUAUAAUAUUUAAAUAAACAGAAAUGUUACAACGAUUUACUAUGGCCAAGCGUGCGCUUCUUGCCGCUCCACGUGCGUAUUAUUCAACUCGUCCUGCACAAAUGCCAAUAAUUAAUAAUAAUAAUAAAGAAGAUUACAAAGAAGGUGAUGAAUUACACGGUUUUGUUGUCAACGAAAUCAGUAGAAUUGACGAAAUGUAUUUAGAUGCGAUUCGCUUGACGCAUUCAAAAACAGGAGCGCAAUAUUUGCACUUGAAUCGGGAUGACAGCAAUAAUGUAUUUUCUAUAAAUUUUCGUACGACUCCAAUGGACUCAACAGGAGUACCUCAUAUUCUUGAACACAUGACACUGUGCGGAAGUAAACUCUAUCCUGUACGUGAUCCAUUUAUGAAAAUGCUGCGCAGAUCAUUGGCAACAUUUAUGAACGCAAUGACUGGUCCUGAUUACACAAUGUAUCCAUUUUCAACCCAAAAUCUCAAAGACUACAAUAAUUUACAGUCAAUUUACGCUGAUGCGGUCUUCAGACCUCUUCUACGUAAGCUAGAUUUCGACCAAGAAGGCUGGCGACUCGAGCACACUGAUUUGAAUGACAAAAAUAGCCCGGUAAUAAUAAAGGGAGUUGUUUUUAAUGAAAUGAAAGGAGUUUUUAAUGAAAAUCAAUCUAUUUUUGCUGAAAAAUUACUGAAUUACAUCUUACCCAGUCACACAUACUCGGUUUGUUCCGGUGGGUAUCCGCUGGAUAUUCCAAAGUUGACCUACGACGCGUUGAAAAAUUUUCACAACAAAUAUUAUCAUCCGUCAAACACUAAAAUUUAUUCCUACGGUAACUUUGACUUCAAAAAUAAUCUCAAAUUUUUGAAUGACAGAUAUUUAAAUGAUUUCGAUAAAAUAGACGCAAGUAUAUCGUCAGUACCAUCGGAAAUUCGUUGGACGGAACCAAGAUAUAAACACGUAACUUGUAAUAAUGAUCCUCUUGCUCCAAAUCCUGAAAGACAGAGUGUCAUUGCGAUAGGAUAUCUCUGCAAUGAUAUCACAGACAUACAAACAACUCUUGAAUUAAAUAUCAUUUCCGAAUUACUUUUGAAAGGACCAACAUCAGCAUUUUAUAAAUCUCUGAUCGAAUCAGAUUUAUCAACUGGUUUUGGUCCUUUUACUGGCUACGAUUAUCAAUUGAAAGAUACGAUAUUUGCUGUCAGUUUACAAGGAGUUAAAUCUGAUGAUUUUAAAACUAUUGAGAAAGUCUUCCAUCAAACAAUUGACGGCGUAAUUGAAAACGGGUUUGAAAAAGAUCACAUUGAUGCUGUACUACACGGGAUCGAAUUGAAAAUAAAACAUCAGGUAUCGAAUUUCGGAAUGAAUCUACUGUUUGGUCUCACGCCAUUAUGGAACCACGAUGGUAAUUUGGUUGACUCAAUGAGAAUAAAUAAAUUAAUUAAGAACUUCAAAAUGAAAUUACAGCAAGACGAUAAAUAUUUGAAUAAAGUAAUCGAGAAAUAUAUUAAAAAUAAUCAACAUUGUUUGAUAUUAACGAUGUCCCCGGAUGAUAAUUAUCAAUUGAAUUUACAAAAGGCCGAGGAUAAAUUACUUGAAGAUAAAUUAAAUGAAUGUUCCAAAGAUGAUCUAGAUAAAAUUUAUGAAAACGGUUUAAUUUUGCGGAAUGAUCAAGAAAAAAAUCAGGAUUUAAAUAUAUUGCCAACGUUAAAAAUAAGUGAUUUAAAAAAUGACGUUGAUCGCUAUGCCACAAGUGAUAUUUUAAUUUCCCAUGUUCCGGUUCAAUUGUCAAUCCAACCGACAAAUGGAGUUUCUUAUUACCGCGGUAUCUUAAGUACAAACAAACUUGAUGAUGAGUUAAAACAAUUAAUCCCAUUAUUCAAUACCGUUAUUGCUAAAAUGGGAACUGAAAUUCAUGACUAUCGUAGUUUUGAUCGUUUGUGUCAACUAAAAACCGGUGGGUUAAAUUUUUCAAGUCAUGUUUCGGAAAAUAAAGACAAUAUUUAUAGUUAUGAAGAAGGAAUUUUGAUAAGUUCGUAUUGUUUGAAUCAUAAUUACGAAGAGAUGUGGAAAUUAUGGAGCGAAUUAUUUAAUAAAGUUGAUCUAGAAAAUAAAGAACGAUUUGAAACUCUUGUAAAAGUAGAAGCUAGUGAUUUAUCAAAUGGUAUUGCUGAUGCCGGUCAUAUUUAUGCUAUGAGCAGCGCCGCUAGUUUGAUAUCACCGGUAGCUAAAUUCAAAGAAAAUAUAUCUGGGCUCGAGUAUGUCAGUCGCAUUAAAAAAAUCACUCAAAAUAACGAAUUUCUGUCUACUUUGAGUAAAAUUAAAUCCAUUAAAAACGAUGUGUUGAAUAAAUCGCACUUACGCACGGCGAUUAAUUUGUCAAUUAAUGAUGAUAAUGACAAGAAAAAUAUAAUUGAAGGACUGAGAGAAUUUUAUGAUGGCAUUGACGGACAGCCAGAUGAUGAUAAAUCACUAAAAUAUACUGCUGGUGAAUCAUUACUAUUAAAUGAUGAUAAAAGUGGUUUGGAAAAAGGGAUUCAUCAUAUUAUGCCUUACAAUACAAAUUAUACAUCGAAGACAUUAAUAACUGUACCUUACAAUGAUCCUGAUUUUGCUGCGCUGCGUAUUUUAUCUAAAUUAAUAAGUUCGAUUUAUUUAUUGAAAGAAGUCAGAGAAAAAGAAGGCGCUUAUGGUUCUGGCGCGACUGUAUCAUCUGAUGGAAUCUUUACAUUUUACUCAUUUCGGGAUCCAAACAGCACUAAAACAUUCGAUACAUUUGAUAAUACCUAUGACUUUUUGCUUAAUUAUAAUUUGAAAGAUACUGAUCUUGAUGAAUCUAAAUUAGGAGUUUUUCAAAAUCUUGAUAUGCCCAUCGCGCCAAGUGAUCGUGGGAUGAAAAAGUUUUUGAUGAAUUUAACUGAUGAUGAUGUACAGAAUCAGAGAAUGAGAUUGAAGAAUGUUAGUAAAGAUGACAUUAUUAGGGUUGCGGAAAAGUAUUUGAAACCUGGUGUUGAUGGUAUUAAAGUUGGAAGAGCUAUUAUUGGACCGCCAAAUGCUGAUUUGCUUGAUAGAAAAACUCAAAAUUGGAAAAUUGUUGAACAAUAGGAUUUGUAAAUUUAUGUGUACAGACUACCCGUCAUAAGCCUCGUCUAGGAGACGUAGGAAAUUGUUCCUGUAACUUUAGCCUACAACAUUCUCCCACUUUUCUUUACGCAUGCUCAGUUUAGAAAUGUUCGGUAGUGGGAGUAACCCGAAGUUCAUUCUCUCUCUAGGACAAGUUUAGUCAACUGUAUUAUAUUUAUUAUUAAUGAUAAUAAUUAUUAAAAGUGUAACUUUUUGUAAUAAAAUGUUAAUUUUACUGAUAAAUAUUUAUAAUUUGAAAUAGUCAUGUAUUUUUUGUGAUUAAAAAAAUCA